UCUUCGAAAUGUGUGUGCUUGAUUUAGAUUUCGCAGGCCGCCACAACUACUUCGUCAAUUUCCACCUCUCCGAAUUUCAGACCUUGGGCGGCGAUGGAUUUGUGACGCUCGACCCGAAGAAAGACGACAUUGUGGGCUCCUUGUUCAUGAUCAAACUCGGCCGCAACAUCAGGGACGUGCCCCAGAGCCGCUGCCUCUAUGUUCGCCAGGAGUGUCUGGAGCUUUACGAGAGCGUGCUGGACGAUGAAAAGGAAGGAGACGUGACUCAGAGGCUGUACAUCGGGAAUCCAGGCGUCGGCAAAUCGGUGACGGGUCUCCAGCUUCUGUUCCUUUUUGCUGUGGUGGGCAAGCGCACAGCAGUCUACUACAAGGAGAAGCUAGCUGCGGGAGUGUACUUCCUGUUUCGUGACGGCAAGUUCGACUCUGUUCUCGAUCUCCAUGGGGCGAGCGAGUACUUUAUGGACUCCUCUACAAUGUACAUCCACGACGGGAGUAGGAUUCCGAACUCGGACUCCAUCAAUGCCCGGACCCUGCUGAUCUCAAGUCCUGACGUGAAGGUAUACAAAGAGUUCAGCAAGGUUUCUGGAGGCUCUGACGCUUUUUAUGCUCGGCUAUGGAGCAAAGAAGAGCUCAUGGAGUGCUGGAGUGUUGCAUACAGUAGUACGCUGGAAUGGAGAACAGUUCAAAAGCACAUCGACGUUGCCGGUCCUAUUCCGAGGCUCGUGUUCCAGACACCAAAGAAGUUCAAGGGCGUCCAGCAGGCCAUGAAGAGUAGUCUCCUGAAGACAGAAAACUUACUGUCGCUCUUCUCCCUGAUAGGAAACCAUGAUCUGUGGAGUACGUUUUCGCACAAGCUCCUUCAUUUAGACAGGGGAGGCGACUCAUCUGAAGGCUGCACGAAGAUUGCUUCAAACUUCGUGAAGGAGCAGUUGCUGCUCCGGCUUGAGAAAGAACACUGGUCAGAGAUGAUCAGUCUAAGGGGAGUCGGCGGCCUGGCAGAUUUCCGGGGUACUUUGAUGGAACUACUCAUGCACAUGACCUUUCCGAAGUACUUCGUCAGCUGUGAACGAAUAUGCGAUCUACCGAAGCGUGGCCAGAAGCACAGACAUGUGUCGAACAACGCUGCGAACGACCUGUUGCUGGCAGAUGGAGUGGAUGACCUGCAUGUCAUCUUUUAUCACGACUUUGCGGACCUGCAGAAGAAGAUUCAGAAGUGCCCCAAAAAAGGCUAUGCAGCUGCUUAUUUUUGGCCCAGGACGAAGACGGAGGCUGCCAUCGACAGCCUCUACAUAAACUUCAAGACCAAACGGGCGUACCCCCUCCAGGCGACUGUUUCAGAGAAACAUCCAGUCGUGUGGCAUCCCGUGGAGCUACUGUUGAAGCAUUUGAGCAGCAACGGGAUCUUCAUUGUGGGACUUUUCUUCAUCGUCUCGGGGACCAAUUAUACAACGUUCAAGCCUCAGGCGUGGAAGAGAAAACGUAAAGUCAGAGGUGCAUUCGUGGACCUCAAGACAUCCCCGAACUUGUGUCAGUACAAGGUGAAGUUUGAGCUACUUGGCGAUGAUUUACAGAAGAUCCAUAUGCUGAGGGACUACGUGGACAGCAUAGACGGCAACUACAAGGCAAUCAUGGAAUCUACGAGGGAUGUGCCUGAGGAGCAUGUUCGGAAGCGCAAGCGCGAUGGUGCCUCAUCGUCUGAUAUCACGGCUUCGAUGCCAGCGGAGUCUGACUCGGAGUACGACAUGGAACUGUUGGAGGGAGAAGAAGAUGAGCUGUUUGACCAGGAAGCCUAUGACGACGAGUAGAAGUAACUCUGGGCGAAAAAACCACUUUGAAUGCUAGAAAGUGGGUCUUACAAAAGGUACUUUGUCUUACCAUACUCCAAAGUACACUCCAAAGGAUGCAGCUCUUCUCAAUGUCUUUCACUGCCGCUCUUGAAUCUUCAGAAUGGUUUCCAUAACCUGAUGUGGAGCUUUCUGACCUGAUGCAUCACCCUCAACACCGUGGAAUCAGUGCCACUUUCAAAGGUCUGGAGUCGUGCUAGCUUCCCUAGAUGGACUUCAGGCAAAGUUGAAAAGAACAACCAUAUUGUCCCCUUCCCUUUUUUUGCAUUCAAAGCCCUCAAAAGAAUAUCUUGAAAAGUGUGGACUGAGCAAGCUU